UCCGCAACAUCGUUCUGCUCGUCAACGCUAUCUUAAAAAAUGCUCCGUGCCGCCCUUCGCCCCGCCGCUUCCGUAGCACGCGUCGCCAAGCCCGCGGCGCGCACCUUCGCUGUCUCUACUCUUCGCGCCUCCGAACACAAGGAAAUCGACGCAGCCCUUUUCCCUCCUGGUGCUCCCGCCGGCACGGUGCCCACCGACGACCUCCACUCUACCGGUCUCGAGCGCCUCCAAGUUCUGGGAGAGAUGCACGGUGUCAAGGUCUUCGACUACGACCCUCUUGACUCUAGCCGUAUUGGCACCAAGAAGGACCCCAUCAAGGUCCUCUCCUGGGAUUCUGAUCGUCUCAUUGGCUGCACGGGCUCUCCUGCCGAGUCGCACGAGCUUCAUUGGAUGAACCUCAAGAUAGGUGAGCACCCUCGGUGCCCAGAGUGCGGCUCCGUCUACGAGCUCGACUUCCAUGGUGACCUGGAGCUUCUGAAGGCUCAGAAGGCCCACGGUCAUUAAAUUCGGGUUAAGGAGUUUUUGCGCUUCAAAGAAGAUUGUCAUAGAUGGACGGUUGUCGGCUAUUACUAUGAGCAAUUCA